AUGAAUAGCAGUCAUUCGCAUGUUGACAUGCCCUGUGUGGCCUUCUUGAAGCCCUCUCCAGUGGCCACUAUAGCAGCCUCUGUCGUCAUGACCAUCUUCCUUGCAGUGGGAGUGUUGGGAAACGCGUGGAUAAUCUGGAUUUUGUGGCGGUCGGACAAAAUGAGGAAAAACCUUAUCAACACCCUCAUCAUGAGCCUCUGUUGCAACGACAUUAUUAACCUCAUUUUUGUUCAGUCUCUGGUUCUGCACAGCUACUGCUUUGGUCAAUGGCUCGUAGGUACUUUCCUCUGCUUCGUGGUUCCCGAGGCGAAUAUGAUAUUUGUGGGUGUUAGCCUUUGGCAUCAUGCCUUUAUAGCCAUCCAUCGUUAUGUCAUUGUCGUACACUGGAUAUUCUAUCGCCACAUGCACAAGAAGAUGUAUCUGAGGUUUGUCGUCGUUGGUAGCCGUCUCCUACCGUUGGCACUGAGUAUCUGCUUCAACAGCAUCUCUCUGGCUAAAUUCUACGAAACACAGAGCGACAGUGUGAAUACUAUCUCAGCGGUGACUGCACCCUCGAAGAUCACUCGUUUUCUUGGAUCAGUCAUGUUCUACUCACCCUUUCUUUUACGUUGUGUCUACAAGAAGUCGGAGGGUUCACGAAUAGUCGCCGUCAUGUCGCUCACUGUUAUAUUACCGUGCGUCAUUGUCCUGAUAUCCUUUACCAGUCUUUUCAUAUAUGUUCGCAAAAAGGGUUUGACUCUCGGGCGACAGCUUAAAAAGGCUAGGACAGUUGGCACCAACUGUCCUACCAGCCUCUACGAUGACUCCGAACAACUGACGUCAACGUAUCUCCCAAACUCCACAGCAGUGUCCGUGCCAUUUAAGGGCAGCGAGUUGGACUACAAUAAUUACCUGAGUCCACCAAAGUCACAUCUUCAAACAGACUCCAUCAGUGAAAUACAGAACUCAGAGCUUGGUCCUCCCCAAUCUCCACAAACAAAGUUUGCUGGCCUGCUUCGUAGGCGGAACAGCUGUCCAAACCUCGUGGGUCUCAUGGACAAGCGACGCAUUUCGAGGGAGCUCAGUAUCACUAAAAUGUUUGCAGUCAUCUUUCUACUAUUCCUGGCUGGCUAUCUACCCUACGGUUUUUUCCGCAUGAUGGACAAAGCAAACGUGGACCCUGCAGACUGCUCGCCCGCAUUUAAUCAAACUCACCCGGAUGGCAUUGGUGUUGAGGAGGAAAUGAUUGCUCUGAUUCCAUUGAACCGACCCCGGUACGGGCAAAUCCAGAGGCCCGUUCUAAGUCCGAUGUCAGAAAACCUUGAUCGAGGGAUUUCACCCAAUAUCUAUGUUUUUCUUUCAGUCCUCUAUGCAGUGGCUUCCUGUUGUAAUCCUCUCAUCUUUGGUGUUAUGCAUAGAGAUAUUCGCAAACGUGCAGUACAGUGUGUUCGAACCUUGUGCAACAAGUCUCAAAGAGUGGCAUAA